AUAUUUCCAGAAUUUCCUACUACACAGAAUAUGACAGACACCUAGCACCGGGCAAAGGCAUGGCUGCAGCUUACCUGGACCCCAACCUGAACCACGCCCUGGUCUCCGGGGCCAAGCCGCGCCUCAGCAUGGGGACCGAGCGGUCGCCGGGGGCCCUGGACCGCGUGCUCAAGGUCUUCCACCACUUCGAGAGCAACAACGAGCCCAGCACCUGGGCCAGCAACAUCCGCCACGGGGACGCCACCGACGUCAGGGGGAUCAUCCAGAAGAUCGUGGACAUUCACAAAGUGAAGUGUGUGUCCUGCUUUGGGCUCCGCCUCAGCCACCUGCAGUCAGAGGAUAUUCACUGGCUCCACCCGGACAUGGGCGUGUCCCACGUGAGGGAGAAGUACGAGCUCAACCACCCGCAGGAGGAGUGGAGGUAUGAGCUGAGGAUCCGAUACCUGCCGAAAGGGUUCAUGAACCAGUUUGCCGAGGACAAGCCCACGCUAAACUACUUUUACCAGCAGGUUAAAAGUGACUACAUGUUAGAAAUGGCAGAUCAGGUGGAGCAGGAUAUAGCACUGAAGCUGGGCUGCCUGGAGAUCCGGAGAUUUUUCAGGGAGAUGCGUGGGAAUGCCCUGGAUAAGAAAUCAAACUAUGAAUUGUUAGAGAAAGACGUGGGCUUGAGAAGAUUCUUCCCCAAGAGCCUGUUGGACUCUGUGAAGGCAAAAACCCUACGGAAGCUGAUCCAGCAGACGUUCAAGCAGUUUGCCAACCUGAACGACGAACAGAGCGUCCUCAAGUUCUUCGAAAUCCUGUCACCAGUUUACAGAUUUGACAAGGAGUGUUUCAAAUGUGCUCUGGGGUCGAGCUGGGUUAUCUCAGUGGAGCUUGCAAUCGGACCUGAGGAGGGCAUCAGCUACCUGACAGACAAGGGUUCAACCCCGACGCACCUGGCCAACUUCAACCAGGUGCAGACCAUCCAGUACUCCAGCGUCGAGGACAAGGAGCGGAAGGGCAUGCUGCAGCUGAACGUGGCGGGAGCCGCGGAGCCUCUUACGGUGACGACGCCGUCGCUGAACACUGCAGAGAACAUGGCUGACCUGAUAGACGGAUACUGCCGCCUGGUGAACGGAGCCUCGCAGUCCUUCAUCAUCCGACCUCAGAAAGAAGGCGAGAGAGCAUUACCAUCAAUCCCAAAACUGGCUAACAAUGAGAAGCGGUUGGAAGGAGUCAGAACAGGAGUCCGAGCCAUUUCCGUCUCAGAGGAAAUUAGUGGGGACGAGACCGACGACUAUGCCGAGAUCAUAGACGAGGAGGACACCUACACCAUGCCUUCCAAAAGCUAUGGAUUAGAUGAAGCCCGAGAUUACGAGAUCCAGCGGGAUCGGAUCGAACUGGGCCGCUGUAUCGGAGAGGGGCAGUUUGGCGAUGUCCACCAGGGGGUCUACAUGAGCCCGGAGAACCCCUCCCUCUCCGUGGCGAUCAAGACGUGUAAGAACUGCACCUCCGACAGCGUCCGAGAGAAGUUCCUGCAGGAGGCCCUGACCAUGCGGCAGUUUGACCACCCCCACAUCGUCAAGCUGAUCGGCGUGAUCACGGAGAACCCUGUGUGGAUCAUUAUGGAGCUCUGCACUCUGGGAGAGCUGCGGUCUUUCUUACAAGUGAGGAAGUACAAUCUGGACCUGGCGUCGCUGAUCCUCUUUGCCCACCAGUUAAGCACAGCCCUGGCCUACCUAGAAAGCAAGCGGUUUGUGCACAGGGACAUAGCAGCGAGGAACGUCCUGGUGUCCACCACAGACUGCGUGAAGCUGGGGGACUUUGGGCUGUCCCGAUACAUGGAGGACAGCUCCUACUACAAAGCUUCCAAAGGCAAACUGCCCAUAAAAUGGAUGGCCCCAGAAUCCAUUAACUUCAGGCGCUUUACCUCAGCCAGCGAUGUGUGGAUGUUCGGCGUGUGCAUGUGGGAGAUCCUCAUGUACGGCGUCAAGCCCUUCCAGGGCGUGAAGAACAAUGACGUCAUCGGCCGCAUCGAGAACGGCGAGCGGCUGGCCAUGCCGCAGAACUGCCCGCCCACCCUCUACAGCCUGAUGACCAAGUGCUGGGCCUACGACCCCAGCAAGAGGCCCCGCUUCACCGAGCUCAAAGCCCAGCUCAGCACCAUAUUGGAAGAGGAGAAGGCCCAGCAGGAAGAGCGAAUGCGCAUGGAGAUGAGACGGCAGGUCACCGUGUCCUGGGACUCCGGGGGCCCUGACGAGGCUCCGCCCAAACCCAGUAGGCCCGGCUACCCGAGCCCCCGCUCCAGUGAAGGAUUCUACCCCAGCCCCCAGCACAUGGGCCAGCACAAUCACUACCAGGUAUCUGGAUAUACUGGCCCCCACAGCAUGCAGUCCUUGCCCAGCGGGGGCUACCCAGCCCAGGCCUCAGUCCUGGACCCCCACGACUCCUGGAACCACCACCGGCAGCAGCAGGACAUUCCCAUGUGGUCCCCCAACAUGGAGGACGGGGGCCCUCUGGACCUGCGGGGGAUGGGCCAGGGGCUCCCUCCUCACCUGAUGGAGGAGCGGCUGAUGAUGCAGCAGCAGCAGAUGGAGGAGGACCAGCGCUGGCUGGAACAGGAGGAGCGCUUCUUGAAGCCGGAAUCGCGGAACUCCAGGGGAAGCAGUGACCGAGAGGACUGCGGUCUUCAGGGGCCGACGGGGAACCAGCAUAUAUACCAGCCCGUAGGCAAACCAGAACAUGCAGCUCCACCAAAGAAGCCCCCCCGACCUGGAGCCCCCAGCCACCUGGGCAGCCUGGCCAGCCUAAACCCGGUGGACAGCUAUAAUGAAGGAGUCAAGCCCUGGCGGAUUCAGCCUCAGGAGAUCAGCCCGCCCCCCACAGCUAACCUGGACCGCUCCAACGAUAAGGUUUAUGAGAACGUGACGGGGCUGGUGAAGGCCGUCAUCGAGAUGUCCAGCAAAAUCCAGCCCGCGCCCCCGGAGGAGUACGUGCCCAUGGUGAAGGAGGUGGGACUGGCACUGCGGACCCUGUUGGCCACGGUGGAUGAAACCAUACCCGUACUGCCAGCCAGCACACACAGAGAGAUCGAGAUGGCACAGAAGCUGCUGAACUCUGACCUGGCGGAGCUCAUCAGCAAGAUGAAGCUGGCGCAGCAGUACGUCAUGACCAGCCUGCAGCAGGAGUACAAGAAGCAGAUGCUCACCGCCGCGCACGCGCUAGCCGUGGACGCUAAGAACCUGCUGGAUGUCAUCGACCAGGCCCGGCUCAAGAUGAUCGGCCAGGCCAGGCCGCAUUAGCUGCCGGGGGAAGGCCCGAGAGGGGCGGUGUGGAGGCGGGGGGAGGGGCUAUCCCGUGCUGCCGAACUGAGCUGACCAAUGGCAGGGCAGCACCCAGCACACAUCAAGACUGUCGCCGCUCAAACUCCCCCUUCCCUCCCACACCAGGACUUCAAAUGUGGGGAAGAUACCUCCCCUCACCCUCCCUCCACUUCCAAGACAUUUUUUUAUAGACUUCUCAUUGCUUUCAAGUCCUUGGACCUUUGAAAAUCAGUUACAAACACUUAUUUUAUUUGGCUGCGCCUGUCGUUUGUGCUGAUUGUACUGUAUUUUGUAUUCAGAAAUAAACUUCACUUCUGAGCAGUUACCCCACAGGUGGAUAUUCAGCUGAUCAAAAAGGAGGACAAUAUAAAAUAAAAUAAAGCAACUGGACCCUGUAAGGAAAUCCAAGCUAUUGUAAACGAGAGAGUUCUGGGAAACCCAAAGGUUGAGAAUUCUUCACAUUUAUCAAGAACCAUUUCUUCUUUGCGUUGCAAUGUAACACAGUCAGUAUGCUAUUCCCAACAUUCAAUGGAGGAUCAUAAAUAUAUAUUUUGGACGUUUUUCCUUUUCAUUUUUCCUUCCUCCACAGACUUAUGAAUAAACCCAAGUGGAAAAGCAAGAGCUAUUUGUCUUAUUUGACACAGACAUCAUGUGAUGCUUUUUUUGUAGUAAAGCUAUAUUAAAUAUGAAACCCUGUUUCUCAGAUUGGGGCAUAGUGAACUUGGGAACGUAAUUCCCCCAAUUGAAGUCACCAACUUUCCUUUUCCAGCACAAGCUACGUUGGACAUUUUAUUUUCUUUUAAUUUCAUGAUUUCAUGCUGUUUCACAGUCUCUAAUUUCUUGCCCAGGUUUUAAAAAAGUUAAAAAUAAAACAUGGGUUUUUACCCAGGUUUAUUUGACCAUAUUUCCCAAGUGUACAAUCUGUUCAUGAAACCCCUCUGCUUUUGGGUAUACAUUCUCAGGAAGAAAGACCUGUACAGUUCCUUAAACUAUUAAAAGUUUUAUCAUUA